CUUUUCUCUAUACAAAUGGUUAUCAAUCAAAGAAAUAUUGCUUUAUCAAUUUAUAAAGGAAUAAUUUGUGAAUUAAGACGAUUCGAUAAGAACUUCAAUACCAACAACCAACUUUACAAUUAUGUAGUUAAACAAAUGCGUUCUCAAAAAGACCAAAAAGAUUUAAUUCGCUUGGGAGAAUUAACAGCAACCUAUUUGAAAAGCCAGAGUAAACUCCGUGAAUUACGUUCAAUUUAUAACAAAGAAGGAUGUAGUACUGAAGAAGCAGCAAAAUUAGUUGGAUUAAAACUGCCAAAAGCUCAAAAUAUUUGAUAAAGAUGUUUUUGACUUGAAUAAAAUUUUUUGAGGUAGAUACAUUUGAAUGCAAGAGUUUAUCUACAUUUACCGAAAAUUUCUUUAAAACAUUUCGAGAAAAAUUCAUUUAGAUAAAUAGCUUGUUUUUAUUAUUAUUAAGUAAAAGGUGCUCUUUCUAACAACCUAUACAUAGAUUAAAAAUGACCCCCAAAAUGACCCCCAGUAAGUACUUAUUAAAAUAUAAACCAUUUCCCAGUAUUAGUAAAUUUUAUGUGGUUUCAAAUCAACCCAAUCAAUCAAGUUUUUAUAUAGGCUCUCAUCACCUCUCGAUUUUCUUCUUGUCGUUUAUCUUCCUAAAAUCAUAAUAAAAUCUUACUUAUUCUUCACACUCUUCAUUCUCAUCAUCUUCAUCAUCCAAUACCCCCACUCCCUUAUUUCUACUUUUAAAAAAUUUAGUUUCCUAAACCCUAUGAUAUACAAU